CCAAUGCGCCAUUCCUCUUCAGGACCAUUCUGCGAAAGCACUGUUGGCGGGUGGAAUACGGAGUACAUUGGGAAGGGAUAGAAAGGCUAUGCUCUAAAACUGUAGGUUGUCGUUCCCUUAUCGACGUACUCGCUUUCGCUCGACUUCAGAAGCAUAAGUAUAAAACAUGGCCAAAUGCCGCCCGUCAAGAUUCCUUCCCAUGCCAUCCUAUCCUCCUUGAACCAUCCCCACCGCACUUUGCCAUCUCCGCAAACAUGUAUCUAGCAUACAAAGCUAUCAAGAAGCAUCGCGCUCAGAAGGCAGCUGCAGCGGCAGAGGCGGCGGCAGCAGAGUCAGCUUUUACUCCAAUUGCAGCAUCCUCACCGUCACCACUUGACACCAAUCCCAACGACACCUCAAGUUCAACUCCCGCAGCCUACACAACAUCCAAGCCCAAACCACCUACCACUCCAUCGGCAAAGAAGCCAUGUUCUCAAUGUGUCCAAGAAAAGAGCGCCACACGAAAGUACCGAUGGAAGUUGAUGUUCUGUCUCCUUCCAGCCUUUUUCGUUGCAAGUCUUGACUUGACCAUUGUCGCUACCGCGCUCCCUCAAAUCGCCUCACACUUCGACAGAUUCAACCAACUCAACUGGAUCGUCACAGCCUUCACCCUGACAGCGACAGCAUUCAUCCCGGUCUGGGGCCAACUCGCCGACAUCUUCGGUCGACAUACAUCGCUCCAAUGCGCUGUCGUCCUCCUCACAAUCGGCAGCGUUCUUUGCGCGGCCGCACCAGACUGGCCUGUCCUGCUCCUCGGCCGUGCACUCCAAGGCAUGGGCACCGCCGGGAUCCAAAACGUCGUCAUGAUCAUCCUUGCAGAUUCUGUGUCUCUCAAAGAACAAGCCGUCAACACCAGCAUCUUUCAACUCAUGAAUGGUGUCGGCUACGCGGUUGGACCCGUGAUCGGGGGCUACAUCACCAACGCCGACUGGCGAUACUGCUUCGUCCUCUGCGCCGGCAUGUCCGUCGUCAGCGUUGGGACCAUUUUCUGUCUCCGCAAGGACCUGAAGCCAGGCCAGGUCUCGCUCUCGCGACCACCAGGGCACCAAUCACGCCUCCAAGCAUUGACCUCGGGUCUCUCCACGCUCGACUUCGGCGGCAUCACCCUGUUCAUUCUGGGCGUAGGGCUCGUCAUCCUAGGAACAGCCUGGGGAGGAUCCACAUUCCCAUGGCGCUCCGGCGCCGUGAUCUCAACCCUCGUCCUCGGCGCCCUCCUCAUAUGCGCGUUCAUCGCCUACGAAUCGCUCUUCGCCCCCGACAAGCUGCUCGCUCGUCUCCUUCCACGGACGAAACCCAUGAUCCCCUCCACCAUUCUGUCCUCAAAGGACGUCGCACUAGUCUGCUCCAUCGCCGCCGCCACCGGCGCAGCACUCUACUCCGUCUUCUACUUCAUAGGCAUCUACUUCACUCUUGUCGAAGCGUACGCCGCCUCCCGCGCCGGCGAACAACUCCUCUACUACGUCCCGGGUUUGGGCGUGGGCGUGUACCUGGCGAUCUUCAUAUGCAACGUCUACCCGCGCCAGACAUUCUGGCCUUUAUUCUUCGGCACGAUCGUCGAGACCGCCGGCAUCGCGACGCUCAGCUACGGCGUGAAAGCGCGCAACGUCACGCUCGUCAACGUCAUGAUGGCCAUUGCCGGCGCCGGAACAGGGAUGCGCUUCAUGCCCUCGAAUUUGCAUCUGUCAGGCAUGUUCCGUGACCGUCUUGCGCCGGUGUACAGUCUUUUGCGCUUCUCGAUGCCGUUUGGUGGUACGAUCGCCUUGACCAUCAUGGGGAGCGUGUUUCAGAAUCAAAUGAGCCUGUACUUUGGGUCGAACAGCGUGAAUGGAAGCAUUGAUGUGCACAACCAGGCGAGCCUGGAGGCUAUUGGUAGCUUGCCAAAGGCCGAGCAGGAGGCCAUCCGCGCCCAGGGUGCCACUGCCACGAUGUGGGCGUUCAUUUCCAUCUUGCCGAUCUUGGGGCUCAGUCUGGUCGCCAGUAUGGGUCUUGGAAAUGUCUGGAUUCCCAAGCGCAAGUCAAACGAUGAAGACCAGGAGAAAGGCGAGGUGCGGGAAGAUGGACUGUGCAGAAGACAUGGAAACCUCGCAAACGUUUCCGGUGGCGAAUGUGCGGUUGAGGCACCGAGCGGAGUCGAGUUCAUUAGCUCAAGCUACCUGCUGGCGCUGAUGAGAGGCAAUAUUCGACAUUUGAAGAGGCCUGCCCCGCCCCAUAAUCCAAGGGUGGUGUCAGGCGAGGGGGCGCAUCUGCAGGAAACGUUGAGCGAUGGUGCUCUGCCCAAGGACCCAAGUGGUCAGAUCCAUACCAGAGAGUCGAGGUACAGUACGGGAGAGCGUAGUCGCUAGGUUGCGAGAAGCAAUUAACUGAGUGUUUUGAAAUUUGUCUAUAUACCCCA